UUUUUGUCGUCACUUGGUUUAACGCCCGUCACUUGUCCUUUGUAGAAAUGGAGGCAGCUAGGUAAAGGGCGUAAGUGAGGGCAGCUGCUGCCCGACGGAAAGAAGAAGAAAAGAAGGCAAAGGGGGAGGGGGCAUCCUCGUCAACCCCUAAGACCGCCAGGAAGGGGGCUCCUAAGAGGAAGGCUGACGGGAAGGACUACCGUCCAACUAAGAAGCGAUCUGUCACCCCAAGGGACAAGCUCCUAAGAAGCCGUCGCCUCCCAAGCUGAGCCACAGGGCAGGUAAGGGACUAAUGAUGACAUUAGACCCCGUCACUCAGGGAUCUGAUCGCCAUUUGCUCACUCACAAGGACUAUGCCAUGGAGGUGAUUGAAUCAAUCAUUAAGGAUAAGGACGUGGAUCCCUAUGCUGAGCAAGCGACAGAGAAGCUUGGGGCAUCAGGCCUCUUUAACCUUGCUCGGGCACUGGUCCAUAUGAAGGCUUUGCAAGACAGGGGCAUCGCUAAGGAAGGGGUGAUUGCUCAUCUACACAAAUGCAUCAAGAACCUGACCGACGCGCAAAAGCAGUACAAAUGUGCCCUUCGUACUCUCAAUCAGGAGGUGAAGGAGUUAAGGGAAAAGCUGGAGGAGAAGGGUCGUCAGAAGAAGGAGUAAGAGGCCAAAGCGUUGGUAGAGAAAGAACUGACGACCCUUCUUGAGCAGGUGGAGACGGCCCGGGCUGACGAUGUGAAGGAAUUCAAGGCUUCACAACCAUUUAUUGAUUCCUGCGCCAUCUACUAUGGUGACUAGUUUGAGGACUGCCUUAAACAAGUAAAGUCCAUCUACCCUAACUUGGAUUUAUCCAAGGUCACCAUGGACGAUCCAUUGCCGUCAACUCCUGCUGACAACACUAUCUUUGAUGAAAUCGACGACUCCACAAAAUUGGAGCCUGGCCCAAAAGAUGAUAGUGUCGUCCUUGCUCAACUUGUUACGAACCCUCACGUCAUCCCUUCCAUCCCGUCUACUGAGCCUUUAAAUGUUGAGAAUCCUCCCACUCAGGGCAUACAAGACAAAAAUGACGAGAACCCUAAGGACGUCCCGGCCUC